AAAAAAAAAUUGGUUAAGUAUUUUUAACACAUAGAACGCCUGGAAGCACCAAAAUGUGAGAAGCAGAAGCAGUUAGGGGUCCGACUCCAAUGGGUUAGGGGGAGGGGUCGUGUGACCCUCGGUCAGGUCCAGGACGAUCCUUUUUUUUUUUUUUCCAUUAUUGUAGACAAGUGUGGUAUUCAUAAGACAUUAAAUAGUCUCUAGAUUCAUUAAUCAAUCCGGAUUACAGCCCAAUUUAUGAUGUCUUAGUAAUAUAUGCAAGUUUAUUUGUAAACUCUAGUUAACUGGUCAAUUUAUAUUGAAAUCUAAGUGUACAUGUUUGACAAAGUAUGUUAGAAUUGCUAUAAACAAAAAUUAAAAAACGUCUCAUGCUCAAUAUGUAUGCAGAGAGCGCUUUUCAUUUUAAUUCUGCUUCUCCAUUUAAAAAAGUAGGUAACUGUGAAAUAAUGUAGGCAAAUAAAACAUGAACGUGCAGUGUGGCACGUCAUUUUAGGUAAUGUGCACUUGAUAAGCUAUAUAUAUGAUGAUCUGACCAGUAAACCAAACUAAACCUUCCCUGAUAUAAUAUAUUGCUCACAUGAUGACCAUUUAAACCACACAUUUACCCUGCAGCAACUUAAUUUAAGAGAUGAUAUAGGAUGAUGUGCAAAAUUAGGUGAGACCCUGAAGAUUGUGCACUUUUUAAAGAUGCUAUCUGAUGGAUUAUGUCGUAGAAAUACGAUUUUACAUAGUUGCUCAAAUUGUCUCAGAUUAAUUAUAUUGUUAAGGAUAGUCAGAAGUGGUCAGAAGGUUUCCCCUAGCAGAGGGAAGUUUUACCUAACACUUCUCAGACUGUGGCUUCAGAUAUAUUAGCUCAUGUUCUUUUACGUGAUAAAUGUUGUAAUACCAUUUUAUUUUUGCCUAGUCUAGUAGAAUAUUGGUAUCCAGGUUAGAAUAUUGUUCAGAAUCACUUGUUUGUAGACUGUGGAUUGUUGAAUGUUAGUGCACAUACAUUUUAUUGAUUUGUGCAUUUGGAGACAAUAUGGAAGGGCACGUAAAAUGUGAGAAUUGGGAUUGACAUGGCAAACUGUUUCCUUAUGUAUUGUACUCUACUUUUGCUCUCAGAAGAAUUUACAAAUUUGUAUCAAGAUUGGAAUUCUUGGUUUGAGUAACUGCAGACAUUAAGGGAUGUGAGUUUGACUCCAAAUCAAAAUUUUGAUAGCAGGAAUUAAAUUUACAGUCUCAGGAAAUGCUUUCAAUUAUUGAUCGGCAAAUGGAGAAGAAAUGAGAAAAUGGUUUGACAUAGAUUGAUGAGUAUUUGAUUUCCUGCUCAGAUUCACUUAUGUUUCUCGUAAGUUAGUGGUUAAUAAAAAAAAAUAAUGAAUUGCCCAGUGGUUUGAUAUAUAAAUGGUUUUCUUGAAUAAUAUCAUUUAUCUUUGAAAAUAUGUUCUUUUUAACCAUGCCUACGAUACAAAUAAAAAGAUUCACACUUGAAUAGUUCUGUAUGGUAAAUUUUCAGUAUUCAAAAGUUAAUACAAUGAAAAAGUUAAAAAGCAUCUCUUACAAUGACAGGUUUUGUUUAAAAAUGUAAAAUUAUUGAUAUAUUUUUUCAGAUAAAAAUAAAUGUUGAAAAGUUAAUGCAAAACCAAUAUGAUUCUAUCCUUCUCAUUUCAUGUUCAAGACUAUGCAGUACAUUUCCUGUCUCAUACUUUGGCACAUGAUCUUAAGAGUAAUUUCAACACGGCUUGUCAGAUUUUAAAGUAGAAAAAUGUGAAUUGGAAACAAGAAUUACUACAGUGUACAGCAUUUAUUACAGUUGGUAAUUCCUAAGUUGCCCAUCAUUUAGUUUACAGGUGUUUACUCUGUGGAGGUAUGUAAAUUACAGGAUCUCUUUUACCAGGGUAGCACAGCAUGAUGCCUUACUGAAUGAGUAAGGGAUAUAUUUGUGUGACCUUCAGGUUUAUAAAAAGAACGUGCUCACGAGAAGUAUGUUGAUGAGUUGAAAUUAAAGGUUGGAAUCUGCCAGAGGAUUGAUUUAUAUGGGACUUUGAAAAAAUCCAUUGGUGAAAAUGGGCACAUUUAUGGGACAUUUUAUACCAGGUUCUUUCUUCUUUGGUUUUGGCUUGUGGUGGACCAUCCAAAUAUGGAUCAAUUUUUUCCGUGCACAAGGCAAGAAGAACCAGCCAUUCCGGUGCCGCGUGACAUAUCCAUGUAACUGCUUCAGAUUGAAGUGUUGCAGCUCCACCUGUUGGGAAGGAUUAUUGAAAGUGUUUCUAACAGGAUUUGGGAUCGUAGGGGAGACCAUCACAGGGUUUGAUGACAACUGGCAUUUUGUUCACAUGGGCAAUGCACAGCAUAUUACAAUGUUCUUCAUGUUUGGUCUGACUGGUGUAGUGGAUCUGAUGCAUUUUUACAAAGCCCCUAUCCCAAAGAAAUGUGACUAUCUGUCUGUUGUACUGGCCCUGGUGGUGGAGUGCAUCUUGUUUAUGUUCCACUUACAUGGAAGAACAAUGCUGGACAUUCACGUUCACACCUUGCUUAUCUACACUUUAUACCUUACAAUUGCAGCAGUUCUGGCAGAGAUGUACUUUGACAGACACAUGUUGGCAGCAUUUAUUCGUUCAUUUCUAUUUUUGGCUCAAGGAACCUGGUUUGUACAGGCAGGCUUCAUCUUGUACAACCCUCUUCCCGGAGCUUUGCCAUGGAAAGAGGACAGUCCUCAUGAAGUGAUGCUGGUAACCUUGUUUUUCACGUGGCAUUUAGGCUGCCUGUUCGUGAUCAUGCUCUGCAUAGGAGGGGUAGUAAACUGCUGCUUGCGAUAUCGAGGAAGCAACUGUCGAAGGGAUGAUAUGGCCAUGCAAAGACUUCUAGAUACAGACUCUAAUGGACAAACCAUGGUGAGGAUGGAUGCCUCAGACAGUGACAUUGAAUUCCAGUCAGUCCCAACUAGAAUUGCAGAUGAUGAUCUUUGAAUACUGAUGAAAUCUUGAAUAAUGAAAAGCAGCAUGUGAUCAGUGACAUAUUUUAGAAGCGACAUAACUAUCAGUUAGAAAAGAGAAUGAAGAGGAAUUCAAGAUUUUUUUUACAUAAAAAAAUAGGCACUGAUAUGAUAUUUUCCCCUUGCCCUUAGGCUUCGUUCACAUGGAAAAUCUAUUUUAUAAAAAUCUA